GAGAUGCUGCCAACUGCCGUUCUGCUGGUCUUGGCUGCGUCUGUGGUCGCCACAGACAACAACACCUGUGACGGCCCCUGUGGGUUACGAUUCAGGCAGAGCCCGCAAGGGGGCAUGCGCAUCAUCGGAGGGCGUCCUGCGGCACUCGGGUCCUGGCCCUGGAUGGUCAGCCUCCAGGCCUUCUCAUAUGUCGACAGCCGAAGGUACCACAGGUGCGGGGGCACCUUGCUGAGCUCCCACUGGGUGCUUACUGCGGCGCACUGCUUCAGGAACAAAAGGAAAGUUGCUGACUGGAGACUGAUCUUUGGAGCAAAGGAAAUUGUGUGGGGAAACAACAAGCCCGUGAAGCCGCCCCUGCAGGAGAGAUCUGCUGAGAGGAUCAUCAUUCAUGAGAAAUACUCCCCUGGCUCAGAGGAAAAUGACAUCGCUCUCAUAAAGAUCACCCCCCCUGUUCCAUGUGGACCGUUCAUCGGACCAGGCUGCCUGCCCCAGUUUAGGGCAGGCCCACCCAGAGUUCCCCAGAUGUGCUGGGUGACUGGCUGGGGAUACCUAAAAGAGAACGCCGCCAGGACAUCACCUAUACUGCAGGAGGCCCGUGUGAACCUCAUCGACCUUGACUUGUGUAACUCGACCCAGUGGUACAAUGGGCGCGUUCAUUCGACCAAUGUGUGCGCGGGGUACCCUGAAGGCAAGAUUGACACCUGCCAGGGGGACAGCGGCGGGCCUCUCUUGUGCAGAGACAACACGGGAAGCGCCUAUGUGGUCGUGGGAAUCACAAGCUGGGGGGUAGGCUGCGCUCGAGCCAAGCGCCCUGGAGUCUACACGUCCACCUGGGCCUACCUGAACUGGAUCGCGUCCAAGAUUGGUUCCAGCGCCUUGUACAUGGUUCAGCCAGGCACUCCGCCCCCUCCUACUUCCCAGGCACCUCCAGCUAGACCUGCUUCUGCUCAGGUUUCUGGUCACCCACCCUGGUACUUCCAACAGCUUCCUCGACCACCUCCCUUCAAGCAACCCCAGCCCCAACCUCCAGCCGUGUACCGACCCCCACGGCCACCCUCACUGCCACCCCCACCCCGACCCCAGCCUCCCACUAAACCUCCCCAAGCACUUUCUUUUGCCAAGCGACUACAGCAACUCAUAGAAGUCUUGAAGGAGAAGACUUUUCUUAAUGAAAAGGGUUAUUCUGAAAUGGAGAUCACAGACCUCCCAGAACUGCCUGCCUCCUCCUGAUCUGACACCAUUCCCAAUGGACCUAGCGGACCCCUCAAGCCUGGGGAAGAAAAGAUGCAAUAAAUGAGUAUAUACACGUAAAGAGAUGCUUUCUGACUUCUCCCUGUCUACCCUCCCCAGCUCAAUCCAAAC